UUGGGGAGUAUCAAAAUUGAAACUAGUCUGAUGUCUUUCUUGAAAUACAAUUAUUAAACAUGACGGAAGAAAUAAAUGGUGACGCGGUUCAGAAACCCAAUAGAUGUUUUGGAAUUCGACAUGUACAAUGCGCCUUUCUUUCCGUCAUAAUAAUAGCCGUAUCUGGAAUGCGUAACAGUCUAAGUGUCGCAGUUAUAGCUAUGGUCAGCACGAAUCCUCCAAACAAAAACAUCCCUACUUAUCCGGAAUGGGCAGAUGAGAAGAACGUGAUCUUAUCCUCGUUUUUUUGGGGUUAUAUCGUAUUCCAAUCCGUGGCUGGAAUGAUUGCUAAAAAAUACGGAGCCAAGUAUUUGCUUGGUAUCGGUAUGUUUGUAAACUCCGUAUUCUGUUUAAUUAUGCCAUACUUUGGAUCGCAGUUCGGCUACCAAGGCGUAAUAGUCUGUAGGGUGAUACAGGGUCUGACUCAAGGUCCUCUUCUACCUUGCUGUCACAAUUUGCUGAGCAAGUGGUUACCGCUUCAAGAGAGGGGGAAAAUGGGAAAUUUUGUUUACGCAUGUUUUCCUCUAGGUACCGUUAUAUCUUUGCCUUUAGCAGGGGUUAUAUCUUCGUCUGCGGCAGGAUGGCCCACGGUUUUCUAUCUAUAUGGAGGAAUUAGCUUAGUAUGGUCGAUUCUUUGGUUGAUAUUCGGUUCAAACAGCCCUUCAACGGACAGGUUUAUUUCCGAAGAUGAGAAGAUGUACAUACAAACUGGAACAGCUACAGACGAAGAAAAGUCCAUUGCUACGCCCUGGAAGGCCAUUUUUACAUCAGGGCCAUAUUAUGCCAUUAUAAUAUGCCACUGUGGGACCAGCUUGGGUGAUUAUACCAUGAUGUCAGAAACUCCAAGUUACAUGGAGAAAAUUAUGGAUUUUGACCUUGCGUCCAACAGUUUUCUGUGUGCCCUUCCGUCUUUAGGCCAGUAUGUAGUGGGUAACCUUUUGGGUCAAAUAACCAGUCGGCUGAUAGAAAAGGGCGUUCUAAGUGUGGGGGCUGCAAGAAAGCUAAGCAAUUCUUUAGCAACCUUUGUACCAGCCUUGUUUCUGUUUCUGAUGGUGUUCCUGGGGCCUGAUCAAUCGGCACUCACCCUAGUUUCUUUGAUUGUUGGUGUUGGGAUGCUGGGAGCGAUUUAUUCUGGAUACUUGAUAAAUCACAUGGACAUAUCUCCUGUACACGCUGGAACUCUGAUGGGCAUCGGGAAUAGCCUGGGGAAUAUUUUUGGGUUCGUAGCCCCACUGUCCGUGGACGCAAUAUCAAGUAUUAGCGGAUACAACGAGACGCUAAAAGAACUGUGGAACAUAGUAUUUUCUGUAUCAGGGAUCGUGUUGGUAGCAACAGGAAUAUCGUAUAUUAUCCUAGGAUCGGGAGAAGAACAGCCUUGGAGCAGGGUUGAAGAUAGAACGAUAUCAAAGGUUCGAAAAGGUGAUCCACUCAGAAAGUUAAGUACUAUCUCCUUUUUGUAGAUCAACUCCAAGUAGUAUUUUUAGUUUUAAAAUUGUAUUUGUAAUUGGUAUGCAUUUGUAACUGUGAUAUUUUAACUAGUGAUGUUUGUAAGUUUAUUUAAUAAAAUACAUCCAGUA